AUGGGCAAGUCUCCCACUAUACCCUCCCCUCUAACGUCCACCAACUCUGCGGUCGGUGCCGUGGCCGACUCUGACUACGUUCUCCCGACAGAAGAGGAGCGUUCGACGCUGAGGAAAGUCUCCGACACGAUCCCUUACGUCUCGUACGUGCUAUGCGUCGUGGAGAUCGCGGAGCGCGCAUCAUAUUAUGGCGUCAAAACCGUCUUCAACAACUUCAUGCAGUUCCCGCUUCCCGAGGGAGGCAAUGGGAGCGGUGCCGUUCCCAAGAGCAACCCCAACGGGCAUGCUGGCGCUCUGAAUAAAGGCCUUCAAUUCGCCUCGGCCCUCGGCAUCCUGUUCACGUUCCUGGCCUAUGUGAUCCCCAUCUUCGGCGCCUGGCUGGCCGACACCAAGCUCGGCCGGUACAAGACAAUCGUCUGGGGCGUCCUGAUCGGCGGCGUUGCGCACGUCAUCCUGAUCGGCGGGGCGGCGCCGGCGGUGCUCAAGGCCGGGAACGGCGUCGCGCCCUUCAUGAUCAGCUUCUUCCUGCUGGCCAUCGGCGCGGGCAUCUUCAAGCCCAACGUCACGCCCAUCGUCAUCGACCAGUACACGCGGCAGCGCGAGUACGUCAAGACGCUCAAGUCCGGAGAGAGGGUCAUCGUCGACCCCGAGACGACCAUCAACCGGAUCCUGCUGAUCUUCUACUCGUGCAUCAACAUCGGCGCCUUCUUCAUGCUCGCCACGACGUAUGCCGAGAAGUACGUCGGCUUCUGGAUGGCAUUCCUGCUUCCGGGCAUUGUGUAUUUCCUGCUCCCGAUCCUCCUGUGGUGGAUGUACAAGAGGACCGUCAAGAAGCCGCCCAUGGGCUCCGAGUUGACCGACUUCUUCAAGAUCACCGCCAUGGCCCUGAGGAAGAACAACGGGAACAUCCUGGCCAAGGACUUCUGGGAGAAGGCGCGGCCCUCCGUCCUGCGCGGGCAAGGGAUCGAGGUCACCUGGUCCGACAAGCUGGUGCUCGACGUCAAGCGCACCUACCAGGCGUGCCAGAUCUUCCUCUACUUCCCCGUCUACAACCUCAGCGACGGCGGCAUCGGGGCCGUGGGCUCCAACCAGGGCGCCGCCAUGACCAGCAACGGGGCGCCCAACGACCUCCUCGGCAACUUCAACCCGCUGACCAUCAUCAUCUCGGGGCCCAUCCUCAGCCACGUCGUGUACCCGUUCCUGAACCGGCGGCGCGUGCGCUUCGGCCGCAUCAACCGCAUGGCCUUUGGCUUCCUGCUGGCCGCCGCGUCGGGCGUCGUCGGCGCCGUGGUGCAGUACCGCGUCUACGAGACGUCGCCGUGCGGCUACGCCGCCUCGACCUGCGACGGCGUCUCGCCCAUCUCCAUCUGGUGGCAGGUGCCCAACGUCGUCCUCGGCGCCCUGUCGGAGCUGUUCUGCAACGUCACCGCCUACGAGAUGGCCUACGCCCGCGCGCCCCCCAACCUCAAGUCGCUCGUCAUCGCCCUCUUCCUCUUCACCACCGCGCUGUCCAGCGCCCUGAGCGAGAUCCUCAUCCCCGCCGUCAAGGACCCCCAUUUGGUGUGGGUCUGGGCCGGCCCUUCCAUUGCCUUGUUCGUCCAGACGGCCAUCUUCUACUGGCGCCAUCGCGGCAUCAACGAGGAUAAGUUCAUGACGUACGAGGAGGACUCGGACAACGAGCCGAUCAUUCCAGGAGAGGGAGAGAAGAAGGUCUGAGAAGG